AUGUCGUUGAAUUUCCUUUUAACCGCGAAAAAAACUAAUAAACCCGUAAUAGAAAUUUUGCGAUAUGCUAGUAAAAAGACUGGAGGCAGUACAAAGAACACCAAUUGUAAAGUGAAGCCGAAGCAUAGAGGUUGGAAAGUUCAGGAUGGUCAUUUUGUUCAGAGUGGUCAUAUGUUAGCUACUCAACUCACUUCUAGAUUUCAUCCUGGUUUAAAUGUAGGAAUGGGUAGAAAUGGAACACUGUUUGCAAUCACACCAGGCAAGGUUGUGGUGACAUGUGAGAAGUUUGAACCAAACUGGGACCACACCUGGGUGAAAAGAAUAUACGGUGGUCGGGAACAACAGACCAUAUUCAAGAAAUAUUUCAAUGUCAUACCGGAACCACAGCAUAACAGAUUUAAAUUGAUAGACGAAGUUUAA